CUAGUAACUCCAUUGGGUCCUCAAACUGUCAGUCAAACCUCAUAAGUCCGCCCCACUUCUAUCGUGAAUGAAGUGCCGCACGCGGUUUGGAGAUCUCUGCUUUGCAAUGCAAAGGAACUAAAGGACCAGCUCCCUCCUCCAGGACUAAUGAGCAGGUUGUCAGCUGUUCCUCACCUCACUGGUCAGCUGCAGAUCUUGUUCAGUUAGUUGGUUUGGUGAGAUCUGGGUGGGCUCCUCAGAUCAGAGGCCUCCUGCAUUAGACCAACAUCCGUGGGAAUCAGGAAAAAUGAUCUGGAGGGAAGUUUGUCUCUACCUGUUGUGUAAUGUGAUCAAACAAUGCAUCUCCACUGGUCUUCAUGCACACGUCAUGCCAUUUUCCAGUAUGAGCCACCUGCAGACAGACCAAACUGUGUGUCCUCAGACUAAAGAUGGGAAUGGCUUAUUUCCAGGAUUUUACAUAAUGACUCAGUUCAACAUUGCUGAAAUGGCCAGGAGAGGGAUGGUGAAGAAGGUGCCUGGAACAACAUCUCAACAUGUAGCAUAUAAGAUUGGCCCCGAAUUCAACUUCAGGAUCAACACCAGAUCUGCAUUUCCCAUGGGGCUGCCUGAGGAAUUUGCAUUUUCUGCAACCUAUCGGAUGAUUGGCAAUACACCGAAUAAGAGCUGGAAUAUGUGGCAAAUGCGAGAUCUGAAUGGAAAGGAACAGCUUGCAGUCAGACUCAAUGGGGAGGCCCUGUCUGUGGAGUUCUCAUACAGAACCCAGGAGAACAGAGUGAUGACGGCUUUAUUCCCUUACCAAACACAUCUCUUCAAUUCUCAGUGGCACAACAUUUUACUGCUUGUCAAAAAAGGCUCUGUGAGUCUCAUAACAGAUUGUAUGGCAACAGAUUCACAGCAGCUGGCACCAAGAGGACAAGUAAACCUAGAUGGAUUCACACAUAUUGGAAAACUGAAGGACAAUUCAGCAAUAGCUGUGCCGUUUGAGCUGCAGUCAAUGCUGAUUCACUGCAACUUAAACAUCCCGCAGAGAGACACAUGCGGUGACCUUCCUGCAAGGAGACAGAUAACCGAGGCAGAGCUUAAGAGGGCUGGUGCCGGCCCUCCUGGUCCUCCCGGUGUGCCUGGAAUAGACGGCAUUGCUGGGGAGAGAGGAGACCCCGGUGAAGAGGGUUCGGCUGGUCCUGAUGGAGAUACUGGAAAACCUGGUUCUGCUGGACUUCCUGGAUUACCUGGAGCCGAUGGAUUGACUGGCCCUAUAGGAGAACCAGGCCUUGAUGGCCCUCCAGGACAAAAGGGAGAACCUGGCAAACCUGGACCCAGAGGAGAGGCGGGUGUUGGACCUGAUGGACCAAUUGGACAACCAGGACCAGGAGGACUUCCGGGCGAGCUGGGAAAAGUGGGACCCCCUGGAGCAAUGGGUGUGAGAGGGCCACAGGGACCCCGUGGACCAACAGGGCCCCGUGGUGCUGCAGGGAUGCUGGGAGGAACAAUGGAACUGUGCCCUAAUGCUUGCCCAGUUGGUGCACCUGGUCAUCCUGGUUUGCCUGGGAUGAAGGGUCAUAAAGGGGUGAAAGGAGAAGCCGGAGAGCCUGGUAAACAAGGACACAAGGGAGAGGAGGGAGAUCAGGGGGCACCUGGAGAGGUCGGCGCUCAAGGCCCAACUGGGCCGCAGGGAAUUCGAGGUGCCACUGGUAUGAUUGGCUCCAAAGGAGAACUGGGCCUUCGAGGUGUUGAUGGUGACCCAGGCCCUCAGGGGGUUGCAGGGGCGACGGGGGAUCGAGGCCAAAGAGGAGGAAUAGGAGAAGCUGGACCUAAAGGCGAACAGGGACCUCAAGGGCCAAGAGGCAACACAGGUCUUCCAGGGCCAAAGGGAGAUGGUGGUUUGCCAGGUGUGGAUGGACGUGAGGGAAUCCCUGGCAUGCCAGGUGCCAAGGGUACCACUGGAAAAGCUGGAAGCCCUGGGGAAGUCGGCCUUCAAGGACUCCCUGGUUUACCAGGAAGCCCAGGGCCAAAAGGUGGAGCAGGAGAGAAGGGUAAUGCAGGACAACCAGGCCUCAUUGGCACGAUGGGAUCUGCAGGCAGAGCGGGUGAGCGUGGAGAACAAGGAGAAUUGGGACCCAUCGGGCCUAUUGGACAGCCUGGAGACAGAGGAGAGCAGGGGCCACCUGGACCAAUGGGAAAACCAGGAGCCAGAGGUCCGAAAGGUGACUUGGGCUUGCCUGGACUUCCUGGACCGCCAGGCCUGCCAGGAAUAAAAGGAGAUAGGGGUGAAGCAGGUGAACCUGGACCAAAGGGAGAACAGGGAGAUCAAGGUGCCGAAGGAACGCCAGGAGACAAGGGAGAUCUUGGUGAUCCUGGCCAACCUGGAGCUAAAGGCGAAGUUGGUAACCAGGGAGAUCCGGGUAAUAGAGGGCCAGAAGGUGCCCGUGGGCAGCCUGGCAUUGAGGGGCCUCCUGGUAGUCCUGGACCACGUGGCAUGCAGGGAAACAGAGGAGCUCCAGGACCUCGUGGCUCCCAGGGACCAGCGGGUAAAGAACCAAGUGAUCAACACAUCAGACAAGUGUGCAUGCGGGUUAUGCAAGAGCAGCUGGCCCAGUUGGCUGGCAGUCUGAGGAGACCAGAGUCUGGAGCGGUCGGACUGCCAGGCAAACCUGGUCCCCCUGGUCCUCCUGGACCCCCAGGUGACAGCGGCUUCCCUGGGCAUGCUGGUGCAAGAGGACUUCCGGGACUCAAAGGGCCUCCGGGACUUCUGGGUAUCAAGGGGCCGAAAGGUGAGAUGGGAGACAGAGGGGACAGGGGACCUACAGUUCGAGGACCCAAAGGCAUGCCGGGACCUCCUGGAUUACCAGGUGAACCUGGAAAACCGGGAUACGGUCAAGACGGGCGUGAUGGAGAAAGGGGUCUACCUGGUUCCCCAGGUCAGCCGGGCGUUCCUGGACCUCCCGGUUCAGCAGGACCACCCGGUUACUGCGAUCCUUCGGCCUGUAAUCUUAGCGCAGGCGCCGCCCACCAGUCUCUGAAAGACUCUAGCAUGAAGGGACCGGGCGGAAACUAAAAACCUCAGUGUUGGGGCUUCAGGACAUUCAGAAAGACUCCUUUACAGCUCUGCGAAGAGCACAAACAUUAUCGCCCUUGCAGAUAGAUUUACUACCGCGAUACAGCUGUAAUGACAAACACUUUACCAUGUGUCCAGAAAAUGGCAACAUUUCAAAUAAGACACUUUUUUUGGUCCACCUGAUGUUAUCUGCUGGUGCAAAUGAACUUAUUGGUCAUCUAAUGUCCUCCUGAAAGCCAGUAGACUUUAGAAAUGUUUUUUUUUUUUUCUCAGCUCAUACUUUAAAUCCACUCUAGGAACUGAACAAACGUCAAUGUGGCCUUUAGACCUGAGGCCUUUUUAAUUUCUGUGUGGCAAAGAUAAACCUGGCAGAAAUAUUGAUGGUGCUCGAAGUUCAUAACAGAAAUAGCUGCCAGAGACCUGCUGUCAGGAACAAAAAGCAGAGAGAGGAUAUAUAUAGACAUGCUGUAAUGUAUUCUGUACAUCUAUGUAAAUGAUUUGUGGUUUUGUAAGAAAUUCACUCCCCCAAUUUAUUGUUCCAGGGUUGUGGGCAGGAAGGCGAUGCAUGUGACACAUACACAUGAGUAAUGCAAAUAAUGUCAUUUCAUGGUAUUUCUAUUUAUUUUACAUAGGUGUUUGAUCAUGAUGAAGUUUGUACAGAGAUCCUAGGAAGACACAUUUGAAUAAAUUUAAAUGUUUUUAUAUGAGUUCAAAAUAAAUGUAGGUCUCAAACAUU